AUGGGAUUCGUCAACAUUCGUAACGCAUCGCAUUCUCCACCUUCCUCGUCUACUCAGCCUCCUUCGCUCUUCCUUCCUUCUCUUUACCGCCCACCAAACUCCCCCACUUCCAUGACACUACCAGUUAUCAUUGAAUUUAUCAUUUCUUUUCUCUUUCUUUUUUUCUUAUUCUCACAUUUUUACACUUUCUUUCUUAGUUUAUUUUUUCUCCUUUCUUUCAGCUUCUCGUCUUUCUCGAAACCUCUUUGGUUUUCAUUCAUUCUUUAUUCUACUAAUUUUUCAUUUAUUCACUUUACAUCUUCCUUUCUUACUGUCUUUCUUUUUUCUUCCUUAAAUAAUUUUAUUAUCUUCUUUUACUUCUCUUUUUUAACCUUUGAUAACUUCAAAAUUUUCUUUCUUUCUUUCUUUCUUUCUUUUUCUUUCUUUCUUAUCAUAUCAGUAUUUCGUAUGGCGCCCACAAGUAACUGCAUCGCGGCUCUUCGUCUCUUCUCCACAUCCUGGGCGAGACAACAAAUUACAUAUCUAUCUAUCUAUCUAUCUAUCUAUCUAUCUAUCUAUCUAUCUAUCUAUCUAUCUAUUUUUUGUAUGUAUCUAAAUGUGAACAUAGUUACUUAG